CGCACGGGGCAGGCAGGCAGGAGGCAGGCGAGUGAGGCAAGGAGCAGAGCAGUGUGAGGUGAAUGCGCCGGGUCAAGUCCGGUGCUGGGAGAGUCGAUCGCAAAAAUUCAGGCGUCUAAUUAAUACGAGGCGAGCUGAGGCAGCCCCCGGAGCGAUGGACGCGCGUAAGCUCACGGAGCUGCUGCGGGCGACGAUCGACCCCGCGCAGCAGAAGGAGGCGGAGGGGCAGCUCACCCAGAUUCACAAAAUUAUUGGUUUUGCACCAACUCUCCUGCAGGUAGUAAUGUCAAACGAAGUCGAUAUGCCCGUCAGACAAGCCGGUGUAAUUUAUCUAUAAAAUUGGAAGACUUCAAAUUGGGCCGAUAAGGACACUGACACUGGACCCAUAGAAUUUAGUAUUCAUGAGCAAGAUCGUGCAAUGAUACGCGAUGCCAUAGUAGAUGCCGUGGUACAUGCCCCAGACUUAAUUAGAAUACAACUAGCGGUAUGCAUCAGUAACAUAGUUAAAUACGACUUUCCUGGACGGUGGACACAAAUAGUGGACAAAAUUACGAUAUACCUUCAAAAUUCAGAUGCUUCGUGUUGGCCUGGCGUUCUCCUCGCGCUGCAUCAGCUUGUUAAAAAUUUCGAGUACAAGAAAGCAGAAGAGAGGGGACCAUUAAAUGAAGCAAUGAACUUGUUAUUCCCUAUGAUCUAUUCAUUGAUAGUACGGUUAUUGCCAGAUUCAUCUGAGCAAUCUGUUCUACUUCAGAAACAGAUAUUGAAAAUUUUUUUUGCACUUACACAGUACACACUUCCCCUUGAUCUUAUUUCGCAAAAUGUAUUUUCACAAUGGAUGGACGUGGUAAGACAAAUAGCCGAUAGACCGGUACCGCCAGAGACUAAUAAUCCAGAUCUUGAUGAUGACGAACGCGCGGAACUGCCUUGGUGGAAAUGUAAAAAAUGGGCGUUGCAUAUUUUGCACAGAAUGUUUGAGAGAUAUGGUAGUCCGGGAAAUGUGACCAAAGAGUAUAAAGAAUUCGCUGAAUGGUACUUGCAAACCUUCAGUGCCGGUAUUCUCGAAGUGCUUCUAAGGAUCUUGGAUCAAUAUCGUAGAAAAAUUUAUAUCUCUCCUAGAGUGAUACAGCAAUCAAUCAAUUACAUCAAUCAGGGUGUGAGCCAUGCGUACUCUUGGAAAUUUUUGAAGCCUCAUAUGUUUGAAAUUAUACGCGAUGUUUUAUUCCCCAUUCUCUCGUAUUCCGCCGCUGAUGAGGAACUGUGGAACACUGACCCAUACGAAUACAUCAGAGUGAAAUUUGAUAUUUUCGAAGACUUUGUAUCGCCGGUAACGGCAGCACAAACUUUGUUGCACUCGGCGUGUAGAAAACGAAAAGAUAUGCUACAAAAAACGAUGCAAUUUUGCCUGGAGGUUUUAACUAGUCGAGAUGCAGAUCCAAGACAAAAAGAUGGUGCAUUACAUAUGAUUGGAAGUUUGGCCGAUGUUUUGUUGAAGAAGAAGAUUUACAAGGAACAAAUGGAUAAAAUGUUACUGCAAUACGUAUUUCCGGAAUUCAGUAGUCCCCAUGGACAUAUGCGAGCGAGAGCUUGCUGGGUGAUGCAUUACUUUUCGGAAAUUAAAUUUAAAUCGGAACAAAUUUUAGUUGACGCCGUCAGGUUAAUUACAAAUGCUCUUCUGACGGAUCAAGAUUUGCCUGUUAAAGUCGAAGCUGCCAUAGCGCUGCAGAUGGUGCUUUCGGCACAACCGAAGGCUCAGAAGUACAUCGAACCGUUAAUUAAACAGAUAACACUAGAAUUGCUGAAUAUUAUAAGGCAAACUGAAAACGAUGAUCUGACAAGUGUUAUGCAGAAGAUCGUCUGUACAUACACUGAGCAACUAAUUCCAAUCGCUGUAGAAGUUUGUCAGCAUUUGGCUGCUACAUUUAGCCAAGUGCUUGAAACAGAUGAAGGUAGCGACGAGAAGGCAAUAACAGCGAUGGGCCUCUUGAACACAAUAGAAACAUUGUUAACAGUAAUGGAAGCACAGCCACAAAUUAUGCUGCAACUUGAACCGAUUGUCCUCCAAGUAGUAGCUCACAUCUUUGGACACAGCGUAAUGGAAUUUUAUGAAGAAGCGUUAUCGCUAGUUUACGACUUAACGGGUAAAGGCAUAUCUGAAGACAUGUGGAAAGUCCUGGAACUCAUGUAUCAACUCUUCCAAAAAGACGGCUUUGACUAUUUCACUGACAUGAUGCCCGCAUUACAUAAUUAUAUCACCGUCGAUACUCAGGCGUUUUUAUCGAAUGAAAAUUACAUUGUUGCGAUGUUCAAUAUGUGUAAAGCUGUCUUAACUGGCGAGGGUGGUGAAGAUCCAGAGUGUCAUGCUGCCAAGUUACUAGAAGUCAUAAUUUUGCAAUGUAAAGGACAUAUAGAUCAGUGUAUACCAUCACUUGUGCAAUUAGUCCUCGAGCGCCUAAUGCGCGAAGUUAAAACUUCAGAGUUGCGAACGAUGUGUCUUCAAGUGGUCAUUGCCGCUUUAUAUUAUAAUCCUGCCCUUUGCCUUCAAACAAUGGACAGUUUGCAAGGAAACUUCGAUCAGUCGACAGAGCCACUCGCUUCUCGUUUUAUCAAACAAUGGAUCAAUGAUACUGAUUGCUUUUUGGGCUUGCACGAUCGUAAAUUGUGUGUUCUUGGACUGUGUACAUUAAUCAGUAUGGGUCCUGCAAGACCACCUGCCGUUAAUGAAUGCGCAACGCAGAUUAUUCCAUCCUUAAUCUUGCUAUUCGAAGGUUUGAAGAGAGCGUAUGCUGCUAAAGUCACGGACGGAGACGAUGACGAGAACGAUGACGAGGAAAGUGAUAUUGACGAAGAGGUUUUAUCAUCUGACGAGGACGAUAUUGACGAUGCCAAUCAAGAAUAUCUUGAGAAAUUACAAGAUAAGAUAACUCGAACGUCCGCUCAACAUGGCUUUAACGUUAAUGCAAAUAUUCAAGAUGGUCACGGUGAUCAUAGAUCAGAUGACGAUGAUGACGAUUCAGAAUACGACGGUAACGAAGAGACUGCUCUCGAAAGCUAUACCACACCCUUGGAUUCAGAUGAUUCCAAUCAAGAUGAAUAUGUUGUCUUCAAGGAAGUCAUACAAAAUAUUGAAAGAACCGACGUGACUUGGUACAGGGCCUUAACAAGUCUUCUAAGCCCUGAGCAAGAAAAAGCUCUGCAAGAAAUUAUUCUUUUGGCAGAUCAGCGUAAAGCAGCUUUAGAAAGUAAAAGGAUCGAGCAGAGCGGAGGAUAUGUCUUUCACUCACAGACUGUGCCCACUUCGUUUAACUUCGGUGGAACACCUUUAAGUCGAUAA